UUCGUGGCCGUUUUCGAGCGCCGUCGUUGGAAUAGAUAUAUCCGGAGACUUAGCAGUUAAUGGUGAUAUCUGCCUCUCACGCGGUUCUACUAAAACGACCUUCUUUUCUCUUCCCUUACAUGACUGACUAUAUAUCUUCAAUCUACUAUACUUUAAAAAUAUCAUACACCUCUCAUCUCUACAUACUAUUUUCCUCUACAUUUUUUUAUAGAAAAAUCAUAAUAUUUUCGAAGAUGACCCAAUCCAGCCAAAACCAAUCUGAAGAAUUAGGAGCUUAUCCUUCCCCGCCAGUGUCUACCGGUCCCUACGUGGCACCACCACCGCUCGGUUAUCCAACGAACUACACCAGUCAUGCUACGGUGGCUAAAGUCGAGACAAAGUCUAAGGGUGAUGAAUUCUUGAAAAGCUGUCUUGCGGCCAUGUUGGCCUGUUGCGUCCUCGACGCAUGCAUCUUUUGAGCUUGGAGGAAUUCGAUCGUAUAUUUGAUAUUCAUGCAAUUCUCUCUUUUACUAUUGUAUUUUGCUUUUUUCCCAACUUAUUUUGGAUCGAGUAGCUUAAUUAUGAGUUUAUGACA